CCCCCCCCCCCCCCCCCCUCUGUCUUGAGGGAAACGCUGCCCAUCGCCACACCACCUAUGCUUCAACGAUCUGCCUAGGCGACACCAAUUGACUUUUAUUGAUUCUCAGCAGAAGCUCUACUGCUUCGAUUCGCUCCUGAUUUUCGAACUUCCGCAUCGCCGCUUCGUUACACUCCUACCUUCGCCGACACGCUCUGCUCCAUUGUGCACAAGCUGUGCAUCGCGAUACCAGAACAGCGGUGCUAUUGCCUAACCAGGUUGUAGCUGUAGGAAAAAGAGGCUGAUUGUCAAGAGUAGAAGCAGAGACCCUUCGGCCGACCCGAAGCCUUCACCACCCCGACCACAGCCCGGUUCUUGGUCUUGUCGUUCUGACAUUGACACCACCCUCUUUCUGUGCGCUGGCUUGGUUUGGUCUGGAAAACUGGUUUCUUGGACCAACUGGCGAAAGACGACACUGGGGACGAUUCGGACAAAGAGAGGAUGCUUCUGUGGAAUCUCUAUAACUGAACUGUGGUUUCAGCUACCUAUACCCCGCUGGCUAUCUACCUACGGUCUCUUUCCCCUGGCGUGGUCUCUUGCAUAGGCCAGCUAUAUAGGUCACAGUCCCCGUUACGAUGGGCAAUAGCCAGGGCAAGCCCAUCGAGUUUGGCGAUGAAGUGAAUCUAAACCACUUCCGCCUACUGCGAGUCGUCGGCCGGGGCGCCUUUGGCAAGGUUCGAAUUGUUGAGAGAAAAGACACAAAUUUGUCCUUCGCUCUGAAGUAUAUCAGGAAAGAUGAAGUUGUUCGGUCUGAAAGCGUUCGAAAUAUCAUCCGAGAGAGGCGAAUGUUGGAGCAUGUCAACCACCCGUUUAUCUGCAAUUUACGAUACAGCUUCCAGGAUAUCGAGUACAUGUACUUAGUUGUGGACUUGAUGACAGGCGGCGAUUUGAGAUUCCACAUUUCGCGGAAGACUUUCACAGAAGAGGCUGUGAGGUUCUGGAUCGCCGAGUUGGGUUGUGCGCUGAGGUACAUACACGGUCAAAAAAUCAUCCACCGAGAUGUAAAACCUGAUAAUGUCUUGUUGGACGGCGAGGGACAUGUUCACUUGACGGACUUUAACGUUGCGUCAGACAUAAUACCCGGAAAAGUCUUGACGAGCAAGUCUGGGACUCUAGCCUACCUUGCCCCUGAGGUUUAUGCAGGACGUGGGUAUGAUGUGAGGGCUGAUUGGUGGUCGUUGGGGGUACUUUUCUACGAGUGCAUCUACAAUAAGAGGCCUUUCGAGGGUGGCUCAGAGUCAUCGCUCAGCCAGGUCAUUCAAGCUGCAAACCCAAAGUACCCGAUUACAUCACCUCCAGUAUCCCUGCUCUGCUUAUACGCCAUUAAGGAUGCACUACAGCCAAACCCUGAUAAGCGAAUGGGCGCAACAUGGGAAAGUUUCACCCGGCACGACUUCUUCUCAUGCAUUGACUUUGAGGCUCUGGAGCGGAAGCAAAUCGAGCCCAUUUUCAUUCCGUCUUCCGAUAAGACCAACUUCGAUGCAACGUACGACCUUGAGGAGCUGCUUCUAGAGGAGGCUCCCCUGGAAGCUAGAGCCCGGAGGCAAAAGCCUCGAGAGCGAUUAAAGGACGACGCGACCGAGAAGGAGAUCCGCGAAGACGAGCUCUAUCGCAUGAUUGACAGGGACUUUAGGCCCUUUGACUACACACUAGCCGCGUACAAGAAAAUCACUGGCCAGAUAGACGACCAGCAAGGCGAGCAACAAGAUCCCAGCAGCAGCAGCAACCGUCAAGGCUCAAAUCUGCAACCAGGGCCGCCACAAGCCCUUACUACCGAUGAGGCUACCCAAAUGGUCAACCCUGGCCACCCAGCACAAGCUGGAACCCAGGGAAACCCAGUCGCACGUCAGGUGUCUUCAUCGUCGCAUAAGUCGCACCGUAGCGGUCAUGAUAGUAGUGCAGGCUCUCAUCCCGGAUCGCGCAAGCAACCACCAGGAAGGCUGCCGCCGCUCAUGCCGUAUCCGACUUCAUACACCAAUUCUCAAGGAAGCGGUGCUGGCAUUCAUCGCACGGGACGCCAGGGCACCGCAGCUAUGGUCGGAAGCCCAACUGGUGGUGUUCAGGUGACGUUAGACGGAGCUGGUUCUUGGUCCGACCUGGCUCGGCAGGACGCUACCCUCCCGGCGGACGCCAACGCUUCAAACGAGGGUGGUAAAGAUAGUGGCUCGUCAGGAGGAGUGUUUGGAUUCCUUAGUCGGAAAAAGGGCCGAAGCCAUAGCCCGAAACCCAAGGAGAGAGGCGUGCUCGGGAAGGAAGGUGCUAGGCAGGUCAUUGGAUGAUUAAACGGACAAACUCUCGAAAUCAAUCAUCAAUUUUUUUUCGGAAUAUGGACGACGCGAACGCAACCCUUAUAACGAAUUUCGAGCCAGUCGCAUCGUCGCCUCGUCGCCGACAGCGUUUGUGACUCGGGAGGGAACCCGAUGCUAUCAGCUCGGCACUUAUCCAAACGGCUAAGUUGUGGAGGGUUAGAGUUUACUUGGGUUGGUCUUUCGACACGAGGUCCAGACACCUUUUCUAUUUCAAUUUUCGAUACCCACCAGCAGGCCCCUUGGGACUACUUUGUCAACCAUAAAACUCUACAAAUUUGACGCGAUAUAUAUAGAGAGCGAGGUUGGCCAAGGCUGCUGUUCUAUUUUUCUUGGAAUCUUGUUGCCAUCUACCCACAGUAU